CUGCUCACAGUGAGAUGGCUCUGUAGUACUUUGUAGUUCUGCACAGACUCAUGAUUUAAUACUUAAGCUUUGUUCCUGUUAGUGGAUUUAAAGAGUUUCAACAUGGUUCUAGCUCUAGGUGUUACUCUGACCGUUCUCCUGCAAUGCAUCCUCUGCUACACACCAGUUUCCCCUCUCAAAGUGGAGCUGAGUCCAAAGAAGCCACUGUUUCGAGUAGGAGACAGACAGGAGCUCACGUGUCGAAUGAUUAAGUGCUCUGAGAAAAUGACUUUCUCCUGGAGCAGUCUGCAGGACAAACCCCUGUAUGCUGAACCCCAGACAACCUCGACUGAAUCGACUCUGGUUUUCAAGAGUGUUAGUAAAAAUAUUGAAAAUAAAAUCCAGUGCAAGGCAACCUGUCAGGGCAUGAUCAAGCAGGCCGCGGUGACAGUCCGAGUGUACUCUUUUCCAAAAGUUCCAGUCAUCUCUGGACAUGACAGCUUGGUGUUAGGGAAGGAGAACAGCCUGACCUGUGAGGUUUCAGAUGUUUAUCCAGCAGAACAUAUGACAGUGGAAUGGCUGAGGGGAGGAAAAGUGGUCCGCACACAGGAAGGAGAAUAUGGCAUUGAAUCCAUUCAGUCCUACUACACUUUUACACCACAAACCAACGACGAUGGAGAGUCAAUAACGUGUCGAGCCACACUCAGUCUUGAUGGCUUGCCACCAGAGGAGAGAACCAGAGAGAUCACCGUGUCCAUGGCUGUCCUUUGUCCUCCUAUGAACACAGUGAUCUCUGUGUCCCCUAAUAAUCCAAAAGAAGAUGAGUUUAUGAACAUCUCCUGUGUGAGUGACAGCAAUCUCGCAAGCCGUCUGGUGCUGAGCAAAAUGCUGGAUGGAAAGGAGACAGAGCUAGUGUCUGGUGAUGGGCCUCGAGUCUCUGUUUCUUACGACAAAGCCAACCUCAAUCACUCAGGUGUCUAUGUGUGCAGAACAACAAAUGCCUGUGGGAGACAGACAGACAAUGUCACCUUUACUGUUGGAAUUUCCUCUUUCGAAGCGGAGCUGAGUCCAAAGAAGCCACUGUUUCGAGUGGGAGACAGACAGGAGCUCACGUGUCGAAUGACUAAGUGCUCUGAGAAAAUGACUUUCUCCUGGAGCAAUCUGGAGGACAAACCCCUGUAUGCUGAACCCCAGACAACCUCGACUGGAUCGACUCUGGUCUUCAAGAGUGUUAGUAAAAAGAAUGAAGAUAUGAUCCAGUGCAAGGCAACCUGUCAGGGCACAAGCAAGCAGGCCACGGUGCAAGUCCGAGUGUACUCUUUUCCAAAAGUUCCAGUCAUCUCUGGACAUGACAGCUUGGUGUUAGGGAAGGAGAACAGCCUGACCUGUGAGGUUUCAGAUGUUUAUCCAGCAGAAAAUAUGACAGUGGAAUGGCUGAGGGGAGGAAAAGUGGUCCACACACAGGAAGGAGAAUAUGGCAUUGAAUCCAUUCAGUCCUACUACACUUUUACACCACAAACCAAUGACGAUGGAGAGUCAAUAACGUGUCGAGCCACACUCAGUCUUGAUGGCUUGCCACCAGAGGAGAGAACCAGAGAGAUCACCGUGUCCAUGGCUGUCCUUUGUCCUCCUAUGAACACAGUGAUCUCUGUGUCCCCUAAUAAUCCAAAAGAAAAUGAGUUUAUGAACAUCUCCUGUGUGAGUGACUGCAAUCACGUGAGUCGUCUGGUGCUGAGCAAAAUGCUGGAUGGAAAGGAGACAGAGCUAGUGUCUGGUGAUGGGCCUCGAGUCUCUGUUUCUUACGACAAAGCCAACCUCAAUCACUCAGGUGUCUAUGUGUGCAGAACAACAAAUGCCUGUGGGAGACAGACAGACAAUGUCACCUUUACUGUUGGAACUCAUCCCCUGGAGGUGUCCCUGCAGCCAGAUAUGAGCGUCAUCCCAGUAGAGCGAGGUUCCUCUAUGAUGCUGUCCUGCAAUAGUUCAGGCUGUCCUCAUGCUCAUAUAACCUGGCGAAAUGUGACACAUCAACCACUUCUGAGCUGGAAUGACACUCGGGCAUUUGUAUCCCAGCUAGGCCCAUGGACUCUAGGUCUGGAGGAUAACCGAACAUUCAUUUGUGAAAUUAACUGUGGCUCUGUUAUGAAGUCCAAGCACACAGAGCUGAAGGUUUACUCCUUUCCUUCAGAUCCUACCAUCGAAAGUUCUGGACCUUUUCUGGAAGGUAAAGUGACCAACCUGACCUGUACAGUUCAUGAGGUCUUCCCUGUCGACUGUUUUCAUAUACAGUGGCUGGAUGGAGAGCUUGAGCUACACUCAGUGCGUGGGAAUUUUUCAGACAAACUGCAGAACCUUAGCUUGACUAUCCCCUUCAAACCUAAGGACAGUGACCAAAAUAAGACAUUUACCUGCAAGGUAUCAUUGGAGAUGGAGGGUGUAUCAACACAGAAGAUAGCAUCUACCACACUGACAGUGCAUUAUUCACCCAAGCAUACCACCAUUGAUGUGAGACCCAAGAAGAAACUGAAUGAAGGGGAGACUGUGACUAUCUCCUGCCAGACCGACAGUGCUCCAGAGGGACAUGUGACUUUAAGCAGGGUGCAGAAUGGAGAAGAGACUAAAUUGGUUUCCAGUAAUGGGACCCAAACCUCUUUUAGCAUCUCCUUUACUAAUGUGUCACACUCUGGCACCUAUGUGUGUGAGGCCGUUAACAAAUAUGGCCAUCAGAGAAAGAGUGUCCAAAUUACUGUGCAAGCACCUCCAAAGAAUAUCAAUGUGACGGUAUACCCAUCAAAGGAGGUACAAGAGGGCGAAACCGUCAAAAUCUGCUGCCAGUUGGUGAGCUUCCCACCAUCUGACAUCACCUUAAGGAAACUGGACAAUGGAAAUGCAAUCUACUCUUCUAAUGGUAUCUUCCUGCUGGUCAACCUCACUUCUAAUGACUCAGGCCUAUACCAGGUCAAUGCUACCAAUGCCCUGGGUUCUGAGACUGAGAUUUUCACAAUUAUUGUAAUGAGUAAGAGGAAAGAUGGUGGGAAUAUAUUCUCAGACCUGUUACGAAGACUUAAUUCCAUUGACUUUAUAAUUCCAGUCAUUGGCCUGGGAAUUCUGGCUACAGUAGCCAGCUCAUUGGAAUGUAUAAGGAGAGCAAAACGGAAGGGCUUCUAUGAGCUGACUGAGGGUAUACCAGAAACUGUGUAGACUGCAUGGACAAAAACUUAAAUUGAGUCUCCUGCACUGAGCUGAAGCAGAGUCUACUGAACCUAAUCAGACUCAUAUUCUGCUGAACUGAAUCACAUACUGUUCAACUGAAUCACACUCAAACUCCGUUCAACUGAAAUAGGCUCUGCUAAACCGAAUUACUGAUUGGUGAACUGAUUCACAUUCUGAAUGAAUGAAUCAGACUCUAAAUGAAACACACUCUGCUGGACUGAAUUGCACUCCACUGAACGUAAUCACUCUGCACUGAACUGAAUCACGCUUGACUGAACUGAAUCACACUCCACAAAACAAACUAUGGUAACAUGAAUUGCACUCUACUGAACUGAAUCACUUUUGGCUGAACCUUAAUCUCACAUUACUGAGUUGAAUCACACUUGGCUGAACAGAAACACACUCCAAUUCAAUUCAAUUCAAUUCAAUUUUAUUUGUAUAGCGCUUUUAACAAUGGACAUUGUCACAAAGCAGCUUUACAGAAAUAAAUGGAUUCACAAAAAUAUAUUGUAAAUAUUUAAAUUUAUCACUGUGAAUUUAUCCCUAAUGAGCAAGCCAGUGGCGACGGUGGCAAGGAAAAACUCCCCAAGAUGAUAUGAGGAAGAAACCUUGAGAGGAACCAGGCUCAAAAGGGAACCCAUCCUCAUCUGGGUGCAACGGAUAGUGCAAUU